AACAAACGCCGGCGCGAUCCAGAUAUCUGCUCUCACUUCGGCGUGCUUGAGUGAGGUUUGCGUCCUUGAGAACCCAACGUCCACUGGGUCGUCUGGAAGAGUUGAGAGUCUGCUGUGAGGCAAACUUUAGAAGACAUUGUGAGGGGACGUCUGCUUCAUCUUGGUGGAUUUCUUCUGUUUACGAGUGUUUACAUCACCGUCGUUGGAAGUUUGUUUUUCUCGGAUACAAAACCAGACGCGACUGGAGAGGAAUCUGGGCUUUUUCGAGGGAUUUUUGGAAUUUGAUUCUGGAUUACCUUGGAUUAAGUGCAUGUGUCCUUCAGGCCCCAGUCAAUAACGACAUUACUACCCAGGUAUGAUCUGAAGCCUAGACAAGGUGACCCCAAGAGGGCUGACGCGUGGGGAAAAUAUUGCAAUACCGUUAAUGAAGAAGAAGAAGAUACCCUUAUGGAUUACCUGAAUACAUCGUCGUUGAUUGCAUAUGGAGGGUACUUGUCAUAGAUGACAACCCGCCAUCUCACCAUCCAUCCGCGGGACAACACAGCUGAGGCAGAAAAAGAAAUCUAAACGGGCCCAACGCUGUCUCCUAUCGAGCGUUACCGCUCACGGGAUAAGGCUUUAAUCCUCUCUUCCCCAUGGGAUUCUCCUGCUGCUGGUAAGCCUUCUUCUGGACCAGCGACCGCACCUGGCUUUCGCUGCAAUUCGAACGCUCCUCGCCUUCACUCAACGGGAACAAUCGUGGUCUGAUCGACACCGACAGGGACAUCGCAUCACCGGAGACUCUCGGGGAGCAUGACUCCUCCUACGGAUGUGUGGCAUCGAAGAGUGUGAUCGGUGACACAGCUGUGGUGUUCGAGAAUGGUGAUCGGCGUCGCAACUCGGCUCGUCAUGCGGUGCUUGUGCGUAAGCACGUUAUGUGCGGCACUCGUUUUGGUUCUGUCGACGCGGCUAGCCUCCGCAGUGCAUUACGUCGUUGCGGAAGACUGUGACUGGAGGACGAUACAGCAGUCUUCGAGUACGGAGAUCGCGCUAAAGUGCCGCUUCCAAGCCAUUCGUGCUGGGCCCGACGGAACGAACUUCAGCUUGAUCCAGCCGGAUCACACGACCAGUCUUACUGUGCUGUGCGGUUCGUUGUUUACGGAGAGCAGGCUCGGGAACGGUACGUUCGCAACGUUGAGGUUCCUGCGGUCGCUCCACGUUGAACAGUGUAAGUUAGCCGAAGUGCCAGACUCUGCCUUCGUUGGACUAGUCGAGCUAAAGAACCUGACUGUCAGGACUUAUAACGGUGAUUGGGGUGCGUUGUCGUUGAACCUAGCGAGGAUGGCCCUAACGCCUUUGAAGCUCCUGGAGAGGCUGGACAUCGGUCACAACAACAUGAAGUCCUUGCCGCAGUCUCCCUUCUGUGACUUAAAGAACCUCAAGUUUCUCAACCUGACGCAUAACAGCUUCGAGGACAUGACCAACAUGGGGUUCAACGAGUUCGGUGGGGAGAGGUCAAAGUGCCUCGACGAACUGCUUGAACUGGACCUAUCGUGGAAUAAGCUCCGGUACAUCGAUGACAGGGCGUUUAUGGCUUUGGGAAACUUGCGUUCCCUGUACCUCCAACAUAACCAACUGACCCAGCUGGUGGAGACGGCGUUCGGCGGUCUGAUACAUCUGCAGGUUGUCGACAUGUCGAAUAACCAGUUGAACACAAUCCCUCCCAAGCUCUUUCACGGAUCCGUGGACAUACGCGAACUGUAUCUGCAGAAUAACUCGUUGGGACUCUUGUCGCCUCACACGUUUACCGACUUGCAACAACUAGUCAUCCUCAACUUGAGCCACAACCAGAUUUCCAGCGAGUGGAUUACUCACGAUACAUUCGCAGACCUCAUCCGCCUCGUUAUCCUCAACCUGAGCCACAACAAGCUGAGACACAUCAACGCUACAACGUUCCAAUCACAGUACAGCUUGCAGAUACUGCAUCUGGACCACAACCAGAUCGAAACAAUCGACGACAACGCGUUCGCGUCACUGUACAACCUCCACACUUUAAGCCUCAGCGACAACAAGAUGAAGCACCUGGACAUCUUCACACUGAACGGACUUUACGUGCUCAGUAAUCUUGCUCUGGACCGAAAUCAUCUCCACACCAUCCACCUGGAAGGGUUCAAGAACUGUAGCAGUUUGCUCGACCUACAACUAUCCGGGAACAGAUUAACUGAUGUUCCUCACGCACUUCAGUUCUUGAGGUUUCUCAGGUCUCUGGACUUAUCGGAAAACUUAUUGCAAAACGUCACAAACAUAACGUUGUCUGGAAUGUCCAACCUCCAUUCAUUGAAGAUCUCCGGCAACCGUAUCGGAAACAUGACGCGUGGAACGUUCCAGGAGCUGAAGUCGCUUCGAAGACUUGACCUGUCCCACAACAAAAUCGAAUCGUUGGAGCACGGCAUAUUCGACGAUGCGUCCGCGUUGAACAUCAUCCUCCUAAAUGACAAUCUUCUCAAAGACGUCAACGGCCUCUUUAUGAACCUGGCUCAUUUGAGACUCCUGAACGUCUCGCGUAACGGGAUCACGUGGUUCGACUACGCCUUGGUCCCGCGCCAGCUGAAACAUCUCGAUAUCCACGACAACGAAAUUGAGACUCUCGGAAAUUACUACGAGCUGGAAGACAAGAUGCACCUCAAGAUCCUCGAUGCAUCUCACAACAGGAUCAGAGAAAUCAACGCGGCUUCUUUUCCAAACCAGAUCGAAGUCAUUCAACUUAACCACAACAGGAUCAGCAUCAUCCAUCCGUUCACCUUCAUGGCCAAACACAAUCUGACUAAAGUAAACCUGACGCACAACCGGAUCGAGAACGUCGACAUCAACGCCUUCCGCUUGAAGCCCAUCUCGGCGAAAGCCGUUUUGCCCGACUUUUGGAUUGCGGACAACAUUUACUUCUGCGAUUGCACCAUGGAGUGGCUUCAGCGGAUCAACAGCCUGGACGAUACUCGACAGUAUCCCAGGGUUGUGGACCUAGAUCAAGUUGUCUGCCAGAUGCCGUUUGCUCGCCGGAAGCCGCGCAUGCUCUUGUCGCAUGCUAACUCUUCCGACUUUCUGUGCAAGUAUAAGAGUCAUUGUUUUGCGCUCUGCCACUGCUGUGAGUUCGACGCCUGUGACUGUGAAAUGGUGUGUCCAGAGAACUGCACGUGCUACUCGGAUCAGACGUGGAACACCAAUAUUGUCGACUGUAGCUUCACGUCCUACAACAGCAUUCCACCGCGCGUGCCCAUGGACGUCACCGAACUCUACUUGGACGGUAACGACAUGUCUCAUCUUUCGAGCCACAGCUUCAUCGGGCGAAAGAACUUAAAAGUUCUGUAUCUAAACAACAGCAACGUUCAGACAAUCCACAACCGCACUUUUAAUGGGCUCGUCGGUCUUCAGGUGCUGCACCUCGACCAUAACAAAGUGACUGCUCUGCACGGUUUCGAGUUUGAGAACCUGACGAAUCUCAGAGAGUUGCAUCUUUCGAACAACCGUAUCGCUACCGUGAGCAACAGGACCUUCACCGCCUUAAAGUCGCUGGAGGUCCUGUACUUGGAUAACAACUACAUCGUCGAGUUCCAAGUGUGGAACUUCAACUACAACCCAGCCCUCUCUACUCUGAGACUCGGACAUAAUCCGUGGUCUUGCAACUGCCGCUUCAUGGAGAACUUCCAGGACUGGGUUCAUAUGUUUGGUGGACCUCUGAAAGACACCAUCUCCGUCCGCUGCCGUCAGAACGACACGAACGGCCCGUUUCUCUUAGAGUUCAACGCUACCGCCUGCACGAACUUCACGGCAGUCACCUAUCUGCAAGCAGUCUUCUCUGACACGUACGUUCCGCUCAUGAUCGUCGCGCCAUCGCUGUUCGUCCUCCUCCUGUUCAUCUUAGUACUUGUGCUCAUCUACCGCAAACAGAUGAAAGUAUGGAUGCACAGCAAGUACGGUGUCCGUCUGUUCCGCCGCAGUCAGUACGCUGCAGAUAACGACAGGCUGUUCGACGCCUUCGUCUCCUACUGCAAGAAAGACGAGGCGUUUGUUGCCCAAAUCUUGGCGCCGGACCUCGAAUGCGGCAACAACCCACCGUUCCGACUGUGCCUUCGCUACAGGGAUCUUCCCAUGUCGGGCUACGUCGCCGAAGCCAUCACGGAAGCCAUCGAGUGCAGCCACAGGACAUUGAUUGUGCUCUCCGAACAAUUCCUCAAGAGCGAGUGGUGUCGCUUUGAACUGAAAUCCGCGCACCACGAGCUCCAGUGCAACAGCAAGCACAAGUUGAUCGUUGUGCUUCUGGACAAUCUCUCCGUCAAGGAGAUGGACGCAGACGCGCGCCAGUGCCUCCGGUCCGCCAUCGUGAUUCGGUGGGGAGACAAGAGGUUCUGGGAGAAACUUCGGUACGCAUUGCCCGACGCGUGCAGGACGAAUCGAAAGCAAGUGGUCGUCAAUCAUGCGUCCGAGGUGACGGUGUGUCCUUCGAACAUGAUGACAGCGACCAGGUGUCCCAACAACGUGGUCAAACUAGUGUGAGCGUUGGGGGAGUUUCUGUGCAGAAAGACGUGUACAUAGUAUAGGACUUGUGCGGUGUGUUGCUGUCUGUGGCGCUGAUGUGCGUUGCUCGUUCCAGCGUCACUCAGAAUGACGUUUAUUUUGAAUAUUUUUUUCGCCUUCUGUGUUGUUAGAAUGGAGCAGAUGCCUGGCUUGUCUUUCGACUCAAAGCAGUGCUGAGGAAACGCGAGUGUGCCAUAACUACAGAUUAGAUCGUAGAGCGCCUUGAGAGCCUGUAGUGCCUUUCCUUUCUACGUGUUCUAUACAAAUCUGGGCCAUACACACGGAGCCUUAAAAAAAAAAAAAAGGGGUCACAUUUUACGCUGUACACAUUGAUGUAUAGAAGAUAUAGUUUUUACGUUCUCAAAGAUAAGAUAAGCAUAUUUUCUGAGUGAACGCUGGAACUUUCAUGCUUGCACCUCUUACAUACAGGAACAGUGGAAAGUCAAGAGACACUGAUAUUGCCUUCCAACAUUGCCAAAACGAGAAACAUGUCGUGGACUUACCCGUGCAUGUGUAUUUCGCGGCUGAUGGACACAUGGACAACUGAUGGACACAUUGCGUUUCGAUACCCUGUAGUUCCUGUAAAGAAAAAAAAAAUAAUGAACGUGUACAUAGCCAACACCUACAUCAAGGACUUUCAAAAUGUGGUGAACAAAACAGAAAAAAAAAGACGUGUAGAUGCUACCGUUUGAUUUGCACGACCUCUCCUGCCUUUGAUUGUUUAUAUGAUAAUGGAUGCAAAGGACUCCCUCACUCAGAGGAAGAUAGCAACACGUUGCUUUUUUUGUAAUUGUCGAAUGUUGCCUUCAAGAUGGCUGCAUAUGGAAAUGCUGCGCCACUUCAGCGUACUCUUGUCAGACGCGUUAUUUAUUUUAGCCCUUCCCAGUUUCUUAUUUAUGUUCCUCGUGUCAACAUGAUUCAUGUCGACAAACAUGCCCCGACGUUUCCAGUCAGCCCUUACAAUGUCGGGGCUAUCCUAGAGAAUCGCGCUUUGCUUUUAAUGUCUUUUAUGAUGUACUUGAACAAUCCCAUGCUGCAGCAACGCAGUUUUUGCAGAUGCAUACUGAAAGGCUAAUCUGUUGUCUUUGUAAAUAUAAUGGUGAGCGUUUGAUUUUUUUUCCCCCUCGUAAGUAGUUCUAUUGCGACUCUUUCGAAUUGGGAUCAGAGAUGCGAUAUACUUUUGUACAAAGUUUUUUUUUCUCGCUGUGGAUUAGUGAAUUACUGAUAGUUUUCUGAAGAUACUGUAAGGUACUUCUGAAGGUACUGAGACCAGAUUUCAACAGACUGUCACUUCCAGAAAUAUAAACCAUCUGAGCAAGAUUGUGCAGUUCACUUUCUUCAUACUUGUUAUUAGUCAUAGGGUACAAAGGAGAGCGAAGCGUCGGGCAUCGCACCUUUUUCGAAACUACGAAAAAGGUUAAAGCUUAGUGGACGUUGAAAGACGUGAGAAGCUAGAUCUUUCUUUUCAAUUUAUAAGACUGUGUACAUGUGGCAAGGCAUUAAUCUGGAAGGAAACAAUACACUGUGUUGAGAGCCUAAGACUGUGAAGUUUCUUAUAAACGAGAACUGAUUUACAUCUGUACCAGAGAAAACAGCAUGAAUCGUCUUGCUAGCAUUACAGCUGUGAUAUAUUAAUAAAAGUGAUUUCCUUUGUGUCA